UGAAUUUUUUUUUUUCAUUUGUUUUUUAGGAUAAGGACUGGGCCAGGGCCAAGCCGGGCCAAGCACUGCCACCCUUACCCUAGAUGUGUGAGGAUCCAGGGGUACUUCCCGGAGGAGAUUUCUAAGCCUUCGGGCUCGUUAGAAGAAGAGUGGGGCCAUUAUGGUCACUUCCAAAUACAUGUUGAAAGUUCAUUUCGAAGGCGCAACCAUCACGAAUGGCAGUUUCAUUGGUGCUCGGAGGUCUCAGGAAACGACUCCUUUCUCCCUACCCCUUCAUUCGCAGAUUGAUAAGCACAUUGGUUUUGGCUGAACAUGAAGGGGGAUUGGUAAAACCAUCGUCUAUGAGUUCAGUGGCAGCUGCAAGGGCCAUCAGUGAGGAAAAUCCCAUUUCAAUUUUAUUGGGUGGAACAGGUCCAACCCUUCAAGAAGCUGCCUCUCAUGCUGCUUCAUUUCAUCCUUCAAUUUCUCAGGUGCUUAUUGCUGAUUCGGAGAAAUUAAAGCAUCCUCUUGCUGAACCUUGGGCAGAUUUGAUCCAUUUAGUUCAAGGGAAGGGUGGCUAUUCUCACAUAAUUGCAGCUUCAACUUCAUUUGGAAAAAAUGUAAUGCCACGAGCUGCAGCGCUUUUGGAUGUUUCUCCCAUCACUGAUGUUACUACAAUUUCUGGACCUCAGUUAUUUGUCAGACCAAUUUAUGCUGGCAAUGCUCUCUGUACCAUCAGAUACGCUGGUUCUGAUCCCUGCAUGUUGACCAUUCGUCCUACUGCAUUCCCUUUAUCUUCAAUGACUUCUGGUCGAGUUUCAGAUACUGCUGCCAUAUCUCAGGUGGAUCUCUCAACCUUUAGUGAAGAAAGUAAUGGGAAAUCAAGAUGGUUAAAUCAUACGUCUCAAGAAACGGAAUGUCCAGAUUUGGGUAAUGCUCGUAUUAUAAUCACUGGGGGACGGGGGUUGAAGAAUGCCGAGAAUUUUAAGUUGAUAGAGAAGCUUGCACAUAAAUUGGGUGCUGCUGUUGGUGCAACUAGGGCUGCUGUAGAUGCUGGAUAUUGUCCAAAUGAACUACAGGUGGGCCAAACUGGUAAAAUUGUUGCCCCAGAAUUAUACAUCGCAUUUGGCGUUUCUGGAGCUAUCCAACAUUUAGCUGGAAUGAAGGACUCUAAGACCAUUGUUGCUGUCAAUAAAGAUGAAGAUGCAGCAAUCUUUCAGGUUGCUGAUUACGGGCUUGUGGGAGACCUCUUUCAGGUGAUUCCGGAGUUGCUUGAAAAGCUCCCUGAAAAAAAGUAGUCCCAUUAUUUAUUCAUGUGAUUCUCAUUCAUAUGGAUAGAACAAUGCACAAAGUGAUGGGCACUUUUCAAUCCAUACUAAAUAACGCUGUAUCUUAUGCCUUCUGUUAUUUUCUUUAGAAAUUGGACUGUCAAAUUUGUUUGAAACAUCAAAAACAAAUAUUAAUGGGGCCCUAAAAUUCAACUAUGUAACAUCUCAUUUGGAGCUUUUGAUCUAAUUUUAAAUAUCCCAUCAUCCCUUAGA